AUGAGCAUGGUAGCUUGCCAUUGGACGUCGGCUGGCCCAUCAGAUACCCGACGCGCUGAUGCUGAUGCAAGUCGUCUGCACUCUGCAACAUGCAAAGAGAAACGGGCCUGGUGCAGCGACAAGAAGACGCAUGCAAUCCGGCCAUGGCCCCAUCGGCCACCGACGCUGGCACGAUGCAAUGUAAUGAACGGAUGCUUCAGCCUCCAGAAACCCAUCAUUUUACCUUGCCUUAGCUUUCACGGCGGCCUGCUAUCUGCCCCCAGUAGGGAUCAUUACGGAUAUCAAAGUGACCACAAGACUUGGAUCGCUAAUUUUGCUGGCCUACCUCUUAGGUGUGACGGCAAGGGAACUCCAUCGGCGAGCAGAGCACACUCGUAUUCAUGGAUGGAUGGCAUCGAAAUACCCAAGGAAAACCCAAGCAUCAGCAUAUCGUCGGUUUCCAAGGCGGAUUAUCACUCCAUACACACGAACCGCAGACUGAAUGAUGAACCACAGCUAGCCUGA